GUAAUGCAAGUAAAAAAGGAUGCACUUUCAUUAUUUUUAGCAUGCUUUUGGAUUCUCCUACACGUAACAUUGUUUUGUCUUCAGGUUCCGCUUCUGUAUAUAAAGGAGCAUCGAGUUCUCAGGCUUUCCCUGCAGAGAAUUUGGUGUCAUUUCCCCCCCUGGUGUCAAAAACUAUACUAAAACAUGGUGCCUGCUGUGAUAGUUUUCUUGUUUGUUUUGGUAACCCAAGUGUCAGCCUUCCGUUUUUGCCCCAAAUGUGGUAAAAUGGAAGUUCCAUAUCCACUUAGCACUGGUGAAAGCUGUGGGGAUCCUAGGUACAGGAUCUACUGCGACAAUGGUGUCCUGGAGUUCAUGUCAGCUCAAGGGUUUUACUAUAACAUUCUCAGCAUUAAUCCCUGGUCUUCUAAGCUUGUUAUAAGCCCACCCUUGAUACAGGAAAACACUUGUUACUCUUCCGAUCUCGGCUUAGGGGGGUUGGUGCUCGAUGAGAACUUACCUUUCAACAUCUCUACUCGUAACACUGUCAUGUUGUUUAACUGCUCUGAUAGCAUUCUUUUGUCCCCAUUGAAUUGCUCUUCAAGCAGCUUCUGUAGGCAGUUCGAGGAUGCAGGGAAAGGGGGAAGUGGCUGCAGAGGAACACUUUGCUGCCAUUUCUUGAAAGAUGCAUCCAUGACCUCACAUAGGAUCAGGGUCAGGCUUGGAGGCUGCACUGCUUAUACUUCUGUGGUUGGUAAAAAGCCUAAUGAUCCCAUUGAUUCAUGGAACUAUGGCAUUGAGCUGCAAUGGCUGCCUCCUUUCUGAUAAAAUUUCAGUUAGUUUCUUCGACAAGCUAUAAAUCAUGUUGCUCCCUGGAAUAGUGUCUCAUCUUUCUGUUAUAUGUAUCUGUUCAACUCUGAUCGUUAUGCUGUUGCUUUUCUUGCUUUGUUUCAUUGUAAUAUCAGUGAAUAAAUGAACUGCAGGUCAGUUUUAACUUUUAACUUUCAAUGGUAGGAAAGCUGAAGUUUGCUUUCGAACUGGGAAU